GAAGGCGGGAGGGCUGGCGUUUAGUUGCAUGAGCCAACCCCACUGAGAAGGCGGAGCGACCAGCCAGUACUCAUUACUUUGAGUCACUUCGCGAGGAGCGGACAGGUUGCCUCGUUCCUGGACUCUACCUGUCGCCCCCUCUCCCUUCCUACACAACAGUGAGCCCACGGAAAGAUGACAGCGCCUCUGGGAAGGUGUGGGCGUAUGCUGGCGCCCGUGAGCAGCCUACGAAUGGGCGUAAGGACGUGCAGCCACAUCGGUGAAGGCAUACCUUACCAAAAGACGAUGAAGGAUAAGAAAGGUUCGUCAUCUGGUGGCAGCGUGCCCGAGUAUGCUGACGUGGUGGUGGUGGGCGGCGGGUCUCUGGGGUGCAACACCCUGUACCAUCUGGCGAAGCUCGGAGCCACCAAUACUGUGUUGCUGGAAGCCCAUAAACUCACGGCAGGCACCACCUGGCACACCGCGGGGCUGCUAUGGCGUCUGCGGCCUAAUGACACGGAGAUCGCCCUCAUCAACACCACGCGAGAGAUGCUGUGUCGCCUGGAGGAGGAGACGGGCAUCAACCCAGGAUGGAUCAACAAUGGAGGGCUCUUCAUAGCUUCCAGCGAGAAGAGGCUGAAGGAGUACCAGCGGCUGCAGACGGUGGGGCGCGUGACGGGUGUGGAGAGUUACAUCCUGGGGCCUACAGAGACCCGAGACCUGUACCCACUCAUGAACGUGAAAGAUAUUACGGGCACUCUCUACUGCCCUGGUGACGGCACAAUGGAUCCUGCAGGGCUGUGCCAAGCCCUGACAAGAUGGGCCACGCAGGCGGGGGCGCGGGUUUUCGAGGAAUGCCCUGUCACGGAGAUCAGAACCCAGGAGACACUGCUUGGUGGGCGGCGCGUGACAGAGGUGCACACUCCACGCGGUAUCAUCAAGACCAACGCUGUUGUCAACGCUACAGGUUGCUGGGCGAACGACAUAGCAGGACUGGUGGGCGUGGAGGUGCCCCUGACGCCCAUGAAACACGCUUAUGUGGUCACGGAAAAGAUACCAGGUAUUGAAAACAUGCCAAACGUUCGUGAUCAUGACGCGUCGGUGUAUCUCCGUCUGCAGGGUGACGCGCUGUCUGUCGGCGGCUACGAGGUCAACCCGAUCUUCCUAGACAGGCUCGACAAGGACUUCUCAUUUGGUCUCUACGAGUUGGACUGGGAUGUAUUUGGUGCUCACAUCGAAGGAGCCAUCAACCGUGUCCCAGUGCUCGAGAGCACGGGUAUCAAGUCGACGGUCUGUGGUCCCGAGUCCUUCACGCCUGACCACAAACCUGUCAUGGGAGAAGACCCGAAUGUGGAGGGGUUCUUCCACUGCGCCGGGUUCAACAGCAGCGGCAUGAUGCUUGGGGGAGGAUGCGGAGACCAGAUGGCGCGCUGGGUGCUGCACGGGCGACCGGAUCUUGAUAUGUUCGGUUAUGACAUCCGCCGCUACCAUCCACCACUCAACAACAACAAGGCUUGGGUCGCGGCGAGGUCCCAUGAAUCUUAUGCCAAGAAUUACAGCAUUGUCUUUCCCCAUGAUGAGCCUCUGGCAGGACGAGGCCAGCGCAAGUCGGCUGUUCAUCAGGAGCUGGAGAAUGCAGGCUGUGUUUUCCAGGAGCGCCACGGCUGGGAGCGGCCGGGCUGGUUUGCCUCCUCCCCAAUGCCUGUACUUCCCUAUGACUGGUAUGGAGCCUAUGAGACAACGCCGCCCCAUGCAGAGGACCCAUACAAAGCUCUCCUCUUCAAUGACUAUACUUUUGACUUCCCCUCUCACCACUCUCAGAUUCAUCAGGAGUGUCUUGCAUGUCGGGAACGUGUAGCUAUCUUCGACAUGUCCUAUUUUGGAAAGUACUUCCUGACAGGACCUGAUGCUCAGAAAGCUGCAGACUGGAUCUUUUCUGCCAACAUGGCCCGACAACCUGGAGCCACCAUAUACACCUGUAUGCUCAAUGCCAAGGGUGGUGUGGAGGCUGAUCUUACUGUAAGUGUGUGUGAAGGGGGCAGUGGGUCUGCAUGUGAUCCUGCCUUUGAGGGUCGUGGGUUUUACCUCGCGGCAGGUGGAGCGGCAGCACUGCAGAACCUUGCACACGUCACGAAGGAGAUCCGGAAGAAUAAAUGGAACGUCUCCCUCCUGGAUCACACAGAUGACAUGUCACUGCUGUCCGUGCAGGGCCGCCACAGCCGCACCAUCCUGCAGGAGCUGACGCCAGAUGACCUUGGAAAUGACUCUUUCCCCUUUUCCUCACACAAGGUUAUCACCGUUGCUGGCCACACCGUCCGUGCCCUCAGAGUCUCCUUUGUUGGGGAACUUGGCUGGGAGUUGCAUGUGCCAAAUGAGUCAGCGGCAGCUGUGUACCAUGCUGUGAUGGAAGCGGGCAAACCGUGGGGCAUCACUAAUGCUGGCUACCGUGCCAUUGACUCUCUGUCAUGUGAGAAAGGUUACCGGCACUGGCAUGGUGAUGUCCGUCCUGAUGACACACCCCUGGAGGCUGGCCUUGCCUUUACCUGCAAACUGAAGACUGACACCAACUUCUUGGGACGAGUUGCUGUGGAACGUCAGAAGGCCGAGGGUAUUAAGAGGAAGCUGGUGACGCUGACACUGCAAGAUAGCACACAGCCUCUGUGGGGGCUGGAGGCCAUUGUGCGUGAUGGCCAGAUUGUGGGCUAUGCGCGGCGGGCAGAGUAUGCCUUCGCACUGGGGCGUGCCAUUGCAUAUGGGUACGUGAAUCGGCCUGAGGGAGGUGCUGUCAAUAAGGAGUUCCUGAGCACUGGCAGGUGGCACCUUGAGUCCAUGGGUGUAAGUCUCCCUGCCACAGUACACCUCCGCCCACCCUUUGACCCCAAGAAUCUACGGUUGAAGGGUGACUAUGAAUAUGUGAUAGAAACAGAAAGAAGCAGUGCUCUGGUAAGCUAAAAAUAUGGCAUCAGUACAAUGUUAGGUACAAUGUUAGGACUGCUACGGAUGCUGAGUACCAUAGUGACUGGAUGGCCACAGUCUCUUGAAACAAUAUGGUCACUCAUGGCAGAAUGCAAUGGACAUUUAAGCCAAUUUUCAUUGUGAUACCAGACUGAAUUUAAAAUAAUGUUAUGUAAUAUCUUUCAUAAAACAAAUGCAUGCCUAUUUCUAUAUAACCAUAAGCUAUUAUCAAAUGCAAGUGUCUUGUUGUUCAAAGGCUACUUUGAAAUGCCACAGCACAACAUAACCAUUGUUAAGCAAGUCUUUUGCCCACUUGUUGGACAUCAAGUUUAGAUGGCAGCUUGUCUGCUUAAUUAUAUGAUCAAAAGUGUCGUGAGCAGUUUCCUUGUAUGAGCAGGGAAAAAACCAAGUUUCCUUGUGGCCAAGAGCAACAGCACUGGCUGGAUGAAGUCCUCCAGCCCAUUAUGUGAUAUUCAGUCUCUUGUUGGAGUUAGCAAACUGGAAUUGGAAUUACUGCCUCAGGAGGAUGCUGGAGACUGACAGUUGGGAUGUCUUAACUGUGAGGUUAUCCUCCAGCAACCAAGUUGUUAUGUAACUGUAGAAUCUAUUAUAGAAAUUGUUGUCUUGGAAAUUAUUUAUUAAUCAUCGUAAUAAGCUUAGCUACAGAGAGAGAGAGAGAGAGAGAGAGAGAGAGAGAGAGAGAGAGAGAGAGAGAGAGAGAGAGAGAGAGAGAGAGAGAGAGAGAGAGAGAGAGAGAGAGAGAGAGAGAGAGAGAGAGAGAGAGAGAGAGAGAGAGAGAGAGAGAGAGAGAGAGAGAGAGAGAGAGAGAGAGAGAGAGAGAGAGAGAGAGAGAGAGAGAGAGAGAGAGAGAGAGAGAGAGAGAGAGAGAGAGAGAGGUUUUUUUUGUGGAAAAUGAGCACUGUAUAAGUCACAAUAAGUAAGGGACAGGCUGGCAGGUGAUGGAUGAGUACAACAGGCUCAGCACCUGCACAGUUGAGUGUUAAUACAAUACAAAGCUUUAAGGAAAAAUUACAUGAAUUUAUGGUUUUCUAUGGAAAAUUGUUUUGUAACCAGGAGCUUCUUUGUGUAGGCUUACAAGCUUUUAAUAAGCUAUGUAUUUUUUUUAUAAUUUUUAUCAGCAAUCCAUCUGGAUAUUAUUUAAUGAUUAAUCAAAAUAGGUGUGAAUCUGGAGACAAAAUAUUAGUUUUUCACCCAAUGUUUCUGUCAGUUAUAAUGUAACAUGUCAAUGGUGACUACCUGCUAUAUACAGGUAGGUAGUGGUGAUGUGAUAUUUUGUUUAGGAGCCCAGGGGGCAAAGGAGCUAUCCUCUAUACAUUCCUAACUACAGAACACUGAAGUUAGCAGCUUGAAAUGUCUCUUUCUUCUGUUGUCCUGGUCUUGCAUUCUCCUGUUCAUGAUGUACCCUACUUGUUUCCAUAAUAAAAUAUUACU